GAGAAGAACGGAAGAUGGCGACCUCAAACAAUCCGCGAAAAUUCAGCGAGAAAAUCGCCUUGCACAACCAGAAGCAGGCGGAGGAGACCGCGGCGUUUGAGGAGGUCAUGAAAGACCUUAGCAUCACGCGAGCUGCACGGCUGCAGUUACAGAAGACUCAGUAUUUGCAACUAGGCCAGAAUCGAGCUCAGUGCUAUGGAGGGUCACUGCCCAAUGUCAAUCAGAUUGGAAAUAGCAACACUGACCACACUUUUCAGACGACAGUAUUGGACACCAGUCGGACGACUCGACAUCAUGGCCUGGUGGACCGCGUGUAUCGUGACCGGAAUCGUAUUGCUUCUCCACAUCGCAGACCUCUCUCUGUGGACAAGCACGGCCGGCAGAUUGACAGCUGCCCUUAUGGCUCAGUAUAUCUGUCACCACCCCCCGACACAAGCUGGAGGAGAACUAACUCUGACUCAGCUCUACAUCAGAGCGCUGUGAAUCCAGGUCCACAGGACACUUUUGUUGGUGGAUCUCAGGAAUUGCAGUCAAAAGGAGUUAAAACGUUGCUCUUGCUCACCCCUCCUGAUACAGAGGACACUGAAACAGAGAUGGAGCAAGAUGAGCCUAAAGCAUCUCUUCACACAGAUUCACAAGACAUUCCUGGGAUUAACAUAUUUCCAUCUCCUGAUCAAGAAAUGAAUAGCUCUCUGAUACCAGCGCCUCACAGCACAGGCGGCUCUUUACCAGAUCUGACAAACAUCCAGUUCCCUCCUCCUCUUCCCACCCCACUGGAUCCAGAUGACCCCAUUACCUUUCCCACAUCAAGCUCCACCAGUACCAGCAACCUGACCAGCAAUCUGACCACCAACCUGACGCACCUGGGCAUCAGUGCCGCCAGUCACAUUCCUCCCUCUUCUCCCGCCCAGCACACUGUCCCCACCUCCUCACCCAAUAUUAACCCACAGCAGCCUGCCACCACCCUCACACCUGUGGUCUUACCUCAGAUACCCAUUGCACAGCCGAUCUCGUUGGACAGUCUUUUGCUGGAGCAGCAGUUAUCGCAGUACUCUCUGCUGAGUUUACUGAAUGACCUGCAAAAACAGCCUCACACCCUUCCUCAAAACAUUCGGCUCAUACCCCUCCCGCCUCUCACAGUAAGCUCCACCCCCAGCACCACCCAGGCCUCUCUCAAAAGCCUAUCACAGACGGCAACAAGUGGAACUGCCAACUCAUAUCGCAAUCAGACUGGCUCUUCAGCCAAUCAAUCACCGACAUCUCCAGUGUCCAAUCAAGGCUUCUCACCCGGAGGCUCACCACAACACAUUCCAGUUGUUGGCAGUAUAUUUGGAGACACAUUCUAUGAACAGCAGCUUCCAUCCAGGCAGACCAAUGCUCUCUCCAACCAGUUGGAGCAGUUCACUAUGAAUAUGAUGGAGAAUCCAGGCAGCUCCAGUCACUGUUCAACACUGAACUACACACAGGCAGCCAUGAUGGGCUUAACUGGAAGCCACAGCAGCCAGCAGAACUCACAGCAGCUCGGCUACAGUAGCCAUGGCAACAUUCCCAACAUCAUUCUCACAGUGACCGGGGAAUCUCCACCCAGUCUCUCCAAGGACCUCACCAGCUCAUUGGCAAGCGUCGGUGAUGUCAGCUUUGAUGCAGACUCUCAAUUUCCAUUGGACGAGUUAAAGAUUGACCCCUUGACACUGGAUGGACUGCACAUGCUUAACGACCCGGACAUGGUUCUCGCUGACCCGGCCACUGAGGACACAUUCCGCAUGGACCGACUGUGAACCUGUGAAUGCAGUUUUAAGCGAGACGUUCAGCUGCAUGGCCUCUCUGUUCACCAUCUGGUCACUGACCAUCCCCGUCCCCCCCACAGCAUGCUGCCAAACCAUUCAUGGGGUGGUGGAGGUUUGCGUGGGGUGGAGGUGGAAUUGCCGAAUCCACACUGGAGUGUUUGUAAUGUGCAAUACUGUCCAACAUCCACCACCCACUUUCUUCAUGUAUUCAUGUUUUGUUUUGCAUUAUGUCGUCUUGCUUUGUCACCAACUUGUAAUUUUUGUUUGCCUUGCUACGUGUUUUUUUUUUUCCCAGGUUUUUAUUCUAUUUUUAUUUCUAGUUUAAUGUUGUUUAUCCUUUUGUCUCUGGAGGCACAUAGCUUUAAUUUUAUACCAUUUGGGUUUUUUGUGAUAGUUUGUUAAUGUUUGCUUCAGUUUGUUUAAUUGUUUUUGUCAAGUUGAGUGAAUGGCUAAAUUUUUAAAUCUCAAUGCCAUUAUGUCCUUGAAAAAUUAUCAGUCUGUGUAAUUAUGUAUGUUAAAUCUACAUAUUGAUUUAAUAUUCUGUAUUUAUUCAUUUAUAUAUCUGUAAAUAUUUAUUAUUUUUUAUAUAUAUUCAUAUUUUUCAUGUUAAGGAGCACUACUCUCUCAUAUUGUAUAUCAAGGGUUUAAGGAGCGUUACUUUUACAAAAUGGCUUCCAUUUCAUAACAUCCAAACAUCUCAAAAUGCCAUAGUUGGUCUUUUGAUAUCAUUAAAAAAUAUAUAUAUAUAUAUAUAUAUAUUUGUCAGUGACUGGCUGAAAGACAGUAGUCUCAAAAUGUAACCCAUAGUUUAGCGUUUAUGUGGAUAGGUGACUUGGACAUCCUGUAUGUUUUAUAUAUGUUAUUGUUUCUAAUUGAAGAUUUGAUUGCUGUUAUUGCUGUUAUGUAUGCUCCAAAGGUUGUCAGUAAAUAUGACCCAAGAGCUGCUGCAGAAAACUACUGAAUACUUCACUGUGAGAAGACCUGAUUUUGCCUUAUAUGAACAAAAUGCUAUUUUUAACUGUCAAUGUGACAAUGUGUUUUUUCUAAACAUCUCAGUGUCUGGUUCUAGUUUGGCUUCUGUGUUCUUGUUUUAACAAUGCCAUUUUGUUCAGUAUUAAAUGCUGUAUAGUUUGUACUUGUACUACCAAACCUAACUCAAGGCUUGGGGAGAGUAAUGCUCCUUAUCCACUGUGCUGUUCACUGGAGUUUGUGUUUGUUAUUCUCAUGUGUAUGUUCGAGCGAACCCUGUCACACCUUUUCCUUGUGUGCGAUUAGAAAGGUAUUAAGGAAUCACUCAUUUACUUGAAAAAUUUAAGAAUGCAACAUAUACUAUAUACUAUAUACAUAUAUAGUAUACAUACUAUAUACAGUGGGGUCCAAAACUCUGAGACAACAUUGAAAAUCUGGGAUUUUUUAACCCGGAAAUGAACAGCAGGUUUUAGGAUUUUGAAUAAAGUAAUAAUGAGAGCA